AUGUCCUACAACCAGCAGCAGCAGCCGCAACAGCCGUCAGGCGAUAGCCGCAACCCGAAUCGCCUGCAGCUCAACUUCGGCUUCACCAACCAACCCAAUGCCGCCGCCGAGCAAGGCCGUGCUUUCCCAACGACUCCUUCGACGUUCCCACAGCCUUUCCCAAACUCUGCGGGUCAGCAAGAGGUCUGGGGUGCGCAGCAGACGACCAGUGGCAUCAGUAGCCAAGGCUAUUUCUACAACAAUCCUACUGCGUAUCAGCAGUACUCUAGCAACGUUUCACCCGCAGCAGGGUACCGUUCGCCAGGUGGCUUUAAUGACGUGACAAAUGGGCUCGCACACCAGUUCCAGCACCAGCAUCUGGGUGGUAACACUCCUCGAUCAGCCAGUCCCUACAACAGACAACCAUCUCCGGCUACUGCACGACCCCGAACUGCGGGUGACCCACGCGGAGCGUACGCCAACAGCCAUUUGAACGCCCCAAUGCCGGCAAUGCCACAGCAACCCAGCAUCUACGACGAUGAACCACCACAGAAGAAUCCAGACAAGUACUCUUCGACCAUCACUGAGAGGGUCAAGGUACAAAAGAUGCUUACACAAGAGUUCUUCAAGGAGAAUGUGGAGAGAGCUCGUGCCCGCAAUGAGCGAUCAAAAGAACUCGAAGCCAUCAUGAACGAUCCACAACUUUCUGAAGGCCGUAAAGAGACCAAGAGAAAUACUAUGCGGAAGUCGGAGGCGAACUUCUUGCGUUUUUUAAGAACCAGCGAGAAGCCACAGAAUUACAACACACUCAAGAUCAUCGGCAAGGGCGCCUUUGGUGAAGUCCGUCUGGUGCAGCGCAAACACGAUGGCAAGAUCUAUGCGCUGAAGUCGUUGAUCAAGCAGGAAAUGCACAAGAAGGAUCAAUUGGCGCACGUUCGUGCCGAGCGUGACAUUCUUGCGAAUGCAGACAGUCCUUGGCUGGUCAAGCUCCACACAUCGUUCCAGGACACCACGUUCUUGUACAUGUUGAUGGAGUUUCUGCCUGGUGGUGAUUUGAUGACAAUGUUGAUCAAGUACGAAAUCUUCUCAGAGGACAUUACGAGGUUCUACAUGGCAGAGAUUACGUUGGCUAUCGAGGCGGUGCACAAGCUUGGCUUCAUUCAUCGUGACAUUAAGCCAGACAACAUCCUCCUCGACCGUGGCGGACACAUCAAGCUCACUGACUUCGGCCUAUCGACAGGCUUUUCGAAGGAACACUCGGCAUCAUACUACCAACAAUUAAUGUCUUCAUCCAAGUCAAAGUCCCUGGCGCAGAACCGCAACAGUGUCUCCAUCGACCAGAUCCAGCUUACGGUGUCCAACCGCAACCAAAUCAACACUUGGCGCAAGUCGAGAAGACAAUUGGCAUACUCCACUGUCGGCACGCCUGACUACAUUGCACCAGAGAUCUUCAGCGGCAAGGGUUACGACUUUGGCUGCGACUGGUGGAGUGUCGGCACAAUCAUGUUCGAAUGUCUCGUCGGAUGGCCCCCGUUCUGCGCCGAGGAGCCUCACGACACGUACCGAAAGAUUGUCGACUGGCCGCGCCAUCUUCAGUUCCCUCCAGACCAGCAAUUGGGCCCUGAAGCUGAACACUUCAUCCGUAGUCUGAUUUGCGAUGCUCAGAAUCGCCUGGGUAGAGUCCAUGGCGCGCAAGAGCUCAAGGCACAUCCAUUCUUCCACGGCGUUAACUGGGAUGGUCUUCGAAAGAUCCGUGCUCCAUUCGAGCCGAAGUUGCAAAGCAACAUCGACACUCAGUACUUCCCGAUCGACGAGAUCCCACAAGUCGAUAACUCGGCUCAGCUUCGUGCGCAGACGGAGGCUAUGGGUGGCGACGACUCGACCCUCAGCCUGCCAUUCAUCGGCUACACAUACAAGCGGUUUGAUGCUUUCAAGGGAAGCUAG